AAACAAACUGAAAUGUUUGUCUUUAACGUUAUCUUCUAUUGUGAGUGAUGACGACAAGCGGUCCGACAUCGAAGCCACCUGCGCGCCGGGAAAACAAUCGCACGACUGCACGCUCGCUUUCGACUUCUCAGCUAGAAACCGAUGCCACCAAGGCCGCUUCCCCUCCUCCUCUGUUUCGUACCGUUCUGUUACCUACCAUUCCGAAAUGUGCAGGAUGUGAGCAAUCCAUACUGGAUCGUUUUAUCCUGAAGGUCCUUGACAGACCCUGGCACGCCAAAUGUCUCAAGUGCACUGAAUGUCAGGCCCAGCUCACUAACAAAUGCUUCUCCAGAAACGAGAAAGUCUUCUGUAAGGAAGACUUCUUUAAGAAAUUUGGAACGAAAUGUGCGAGCUGUGAACAGGGCAUUCCUCCGACCCAAGUUGUGAGAAGAGCUCAGGACAACGUGUACCACCUGCACUGUUUCUCUUGUAUCCUCUGCAAACGCCAGUUAAACACUGGAGACCAGUUCUAUUUGAUGGAAGACAACAAGCUCGUGUGUAAAGUAGACUACGAAGCUGCCAAAUGUCGCGAUGGGACGAGUAAGAGGCCCAGAACUACAAUAUCGGCAAAACAGCUAGAAACCCUAAAAACGGCCUAUAAUAACAGUUCUAAACCAGCCCGUCAUAUAAGAGAGCAGCUGAGCCAGGACACGGGUCUCGAUAUGAGGGUAGUCCAGGUCUGGUUUCAGAACCGAAGAGCCAAGGAGAAACGACUCAAGAAAGACGCUGGAAAAAGCCGAUGGGGGGAGUAUUUCCGGAAUGCAGGUGGAGGUCUGAAACAAAGUAUUUCGGCGUCUUCGACACCGUCGUCAACGUCUCCUGGUUCCCCUGACAACAUAGACCAACAAAGAAGGGACAGGGGUAAUGACUGCAAAAUAGAUCAAGACGUGGAUUCACUGUACAGAG